AUGGCUUCAAAAAAUAAAUGCACAGCCUGUGCAGGUACGGUACCAAUGAAGGAAAUGCUACACUGCAAAUUUUGUGAGUUGGUGAUUCAUUGGAUUCAUUCUUCCAUUUCUGAGCAAACAAUGAAGGAUAUUCAACAAUGUACCGGUUUAAUAUGGUGUUGUAAUGGCUGUGUUGGACAGAUGGAGGCUUUCAAACCUGGCAAUUUGGGGGAAAAGUUUAAUAAAACGCUUGACAAUGAUGAUUUGAACUUGGCGAUGAAAAAUCUAGAAAGCAAAAUAACUAUGCUGCAAGAUGAACUGAAAAAUAUAAAAAACAUACAAGAUUGCAACAAUGUCAUUAGUGGUCAAAUAAAGGAGAUAAAAACCAUUCUUGAUAAAAAAAUCACGGAAGAUAUUCUGGAUAAAAAAAUAAAUUCACUACAAGAUGGUCUUAGAAAGUCGUAUUCAUUCAGAUGCUGUGAAAGAUGUUGUUGGGAAGAAAGUUGA